UUCCAGAAUAUGGCAACACAACCUGAACAAAAAUCUGCUACUUCAAUCCCGACUUCGCAAACUGCCGUUUUGCCUUCUACACAACCAACAACAGUCCCACCUCCGGAAUUCGUGAAGCCAUUUGAGCUAAAUGCAGCUAUCGCUCCGAACACUGCUGCAAAUGACGAUGAGCUGGGUCCUCUGAAGGAAAUAUCCGCUCGUGGAAAAAACUUCUCAAAAGCUCGAUCAGAUUCCAUAAUACCAACAGAAGGUCAUGAGGGUAUCAUAAUUGCCCCAAAGCUCUAUAAGGGACAAGCAGUUGCUGUGUACACGAGUGGUGGUGAUGCUUCUGGAAUGAAUAGCGCAGUACGAUCAGUUGUCCGGAUGGGACUUUACCUCGGUUGUCGAGUAUAUUUCAUUUAUGAAGGUUACCAAGGUAUGGUCGACGGUGGGGAAUAUAUCAAGGAAGCUGAGUGGGAUUCCGUAUCAGAUAUUAUCCAAAAAGGCGGCACUAUAAUUGGUUCGGCUCGUUGUAAAGAUUUCCGCGAACGGCCAGGUCGGCUUCGUGCUGCUGAAAAUCUUAUCAAGAAACAAAUUACUAAUUUAGUAUGCAUUGGAGGUGAUGGCUCAUUGACGGGUGCAAAUUUAUUCCGACAGGAAUGGCCAAGUUUAGUUCAAGAAUUGCUCAUAUCUGGCAAAAUUACUCAGCAAGAAAGCGAAUCAUGCAAAAAUAUCCAGAUUGUUGGCCUUGUGGGUUCCAUUGAUAAUGAUUUCUGUGGCACCGAUAUGACGAUCGGUACUGAUACUGCGCUUCAACGAAUUAUUGAGGCUAUCGACUCUGUGGUGUCAACUGCGCACAGUCAUCAACGUACUUUCGUUAUUGAGGUAAUGGGCCGACAUUGCGGUUAUUUGGCACUUGUAGCUGCUUUAGCAUCUGAAGCAGAUUUCUGCUUUAUUCCCGAAUGGCCGGUACCGGUGGAUUGGCCUACAGUACUGUGUCAGAAGCUACAUUUAAUGCGACAUGAAGGAUCACGACUGAAUAUUAUCAUAGUUGCCGAAGGAGCACUGGAUCGGGAUGGCAAGCCGAUUACAGCCAAUCAGGUGCAAAAUGUAGUAAAAGAAAGAUUGCAAUAUGAUACACGUGUAACCGUGCUGGGUCAUGUGCAACGUGGUGGUAGUCCAUCUGCUUUUGAUCGACUUCUUGGAUGUCGAAUGGGUGCUGAAGCUGUGCUUGCACUGAUGGAAAUGACCCCAACAUCGGAGCCAUGUGUUGUGUCCAUUGAUGGUAACGCCAUUGUCCGAGUACCGCUCAUGCAGUGUGUUCAUCGCACCCAAGCCGUUCAAAAAGCCAUGGAAACGCACGAUUGGGACACAGCCGUGAAAUUGAGAGGGCGAAGUUUUCAGAGGAAUCUAGAAACUUAUCGCCUGUUGACAAAAUUAGAACCCAAAAGCGAUGUGCCAUCGAAUGAGCCAUCAUAUAAUGUCGCCGUGAUAAAUGUUGGAGCACCUGCAGGAGGAAUGAAUGCAGUGGUGCGUUCAUUCGUUCGUAUGGGCAUUUAUCGUCGUUGCAAAGUGUAUGGUGUUAAAAAUUCAUUUGAAGGGCUAGCUAAUGGCGAUCUAAAAGAAAUGUCAUGGAAAGAUGUGAAUGGUUGGGUCAUGUAUGGUGGGUCAUUCUUGGGUACUCAGAAACAACUACCAGAAAAGAAUAUGAGCCAGGUUGCGGCAACAUUGGAAAAAUUCAAAAUUCAUGGAUUACUGAUGGUCGGAGGUUUUGAGGCUUAUCAUUCUUGCUUGAUGCUUUCACACGCUCGUAAUCAAUAUCCAUCACUUCGUAUUCCACUUUGCGUAAUACCUUGCACUAUCAGUAAUAACGUACCCGGUACAUCGAUUUCAUUGGGUUCCGAUACAGCAGUUAAUGAAAUUUGUGCAGUGAUUGAUAAAAUUAAGCAAUCUGCAACGGGCACUAAAAAACGCGUAUUUAUUGUGGAAACAAUGGGCGGAUAUUGUGGAUAUCUGGCGACUCUUUCAGCUCUCGCAUCAGGAGCUGAUAAUGCUUAUAUAUUUGAAGAGAAAUUCGAUGUUAGUGAUAUCAUUGAAGAUGUUAAGGUCAUUGCCCGGAAAAUGCGUACUGGUGUACAGCGAUACCUCAUUGUUCGUUGUGAAUUGGCUAACAAAAAUUAUACUACACAGUUUGUUAAUCAACUUUUUUCGGAAGAAGGCAGAGGACAAUUCUCAACAAGAAUCAACGUGCUAGGACAUGCACAACAGGGUGGUAAUCCGGCACCAUUUGACCGCAAUAUGGGUACGAAACUUGCUGCAAACGCUCUUGAAUUUAUUUUAGCUCAAGCAAAGAAGUAUACUGAUCCGGUAAGUGGAGUGACCAAUGCAACUACUGUGGACAGCGCUACGCUUCUUGGUCUAGAGGAUCGAAGAAUGGUAUUUACACCAGUUGAAGAAUUGGCUCAAGUGACCGAUUUUGAGCAUCGUUUACCGAAAAAUCAAUGGUGGAUGAGAUUACGACCGCUAUUGAGAAUAUUGGCCAAGCAUGAUUCCACAUAUGAAACAGAAGCGUUUGCUGUGACAGAUGUCGAGAAUGAACUUGACUAAGUACCACAAAUCUGGGCUUUUUAUAUGUUCCAAAAACUUCUCACACUUGGCUUGAUUUCUGCUAAUACUUAAAGUAUCGGUUAUCAUUGUUCAAGCCGUCCAGUUUUGCUGUUCAUUACGUUUUUCUUCAUCAAUGAGUCUUACUCUAAAUAUUGAGCAGUUUACAUUAACCGUGCAAAUACUAUUAGUUUAAAAUUUAUAAACCUUUGAUUACGGUUAUCUUACUAAUAUCAUUGCUG